AUGGGUGGAAAAACAUCGAAAUAUCAAAAUGAAUAUAUAUCUACACAACAAAGAAAUCCUUAUGAAAAUGUUACUCGUGCUUAUGCCAAAUGGGAUCGUUAUUCUGGUCUUAUGAGUGAUGAUACAUCUUGUUUUGCUACACAUGAAAUUGAAAAUUUUAAAAAACAUCAAAAAAUCUCACAAAAUUCUUCUGAUCAACAACGAAAAGUGAAUUCAUCAAAUGAAAAAUCAAUAAUAAAAAAAACUGGUCAAUAUGAUAAAAAUCUUUCCAAACAAAGUCAAUCGAUUGAACAAAUAAUAUUUUCAAAAAAUAGAAUUACAGCUCAACAAUUAAUCAAAGAUCAAUCACAACGUCGACAAAAAUAUAAAUCAACAACUUUAUUAUCAUCAAAUGAUUUAUUACAGAAUUCAACGGAGAAAAAAGCUUCAUCAACAACUAAUAUUAAUCAAACAAAACAAAUACCAAAUGAUUUUCAACUUCUCUUAAUUCAUUCAUUAGAUUUACAAAAUGCUCAUGAAAUUGGUAAAGGUAAUUUUGGUACUGUAUAUCGUGCAUUAUACAAAGGUACUCGUGAUGUUGCAUUAAAAACAUUAAAAUCAGUUCGACACAAUUUGAAAUCAUCAAUAGAAGAUUAUGAUGAUAAUAUGUAUGAAUUACUUUAUGAAGCUCAUAUAAUGACACAAUUACAACAUCCGAAUCUUUUACGUAUUAUUGGUGUAACAUUUUUUGGAAAAGAUAAACAAUUAAGUUUAGUUACAGAUUUUAUGAAAAAUGGUUCUUUAUUAGAUUAUCUUCGAAAACAUCGAGAAAUAUUUCUUAAAUCAAAAUCAAAAGAUAUAACAUUGAAAUUAAAUAGUUUUUCGAAACAAAUUUUUCAAGCAAUGUUAUAUUUAGAAAAACGAAGAAUUAUUCAUCGAGAUUUAGCAGCAAGAAAUUGUUUAAUUGGAGAUGAAGAUACACUUAAAGUUGGAGAUUUUGGUUUAACAAAAUUAACUGAAGGUGGUUUAUAUAAAGGUAAUAAUCAAACAAUAUGUGCUAUACGUUGGUCAUCACCUGAAGCUAUAUUUUAUUCGAAAUAUACAUCUCGAUCAGAUGUUUGGAGUUAUGGUAUCACUCUUUGGGAAAUUUAUUCAUUGGGUGAACGACCAUAUGGAAGUUUAGAUAAUAAAACUGUUAAAAAUCUUUUAAAAAAUCCAUUAGAAAAUUUUACUCGUUUUCUUCCACAGUCACGUGAAUUUGGUUCAGAUGAAGUUUAUACUCAUCUUAUGUUACCUUGUUUAACAUAUAAUGUUGCAUUAAGACCACGUUUUAAAGAUUUAGUUCAACGAAUUUUAACAAUUUUUAAUAAUAAUAUUCGAUAA